UUCAAGUGCAGGACUCAACCAGUCACUCACUGGACCAGCGCGGACAGAGUUUCUGGGGUUUGAGCGCCGCGGAGCCGAGGCUCACCGCUCAAUUCUUCCUCCUACAGCACCACAGCAGCAGCCAGGAGACGCUCUGGCUGUAAAGAAGCCACAGUCAGGCAGUAGCUCAGGCAGGGUCCCAGAACUGCAUUAAAGGGGACAUCUUUCAAAAAGUAAUAGCUCAGAAGAACAGUGGAUGAAGCUUCACAGGACUGAACCAGCAGAGAUUCAUAACUCAAUCUUUCAGUAACAGCACUAGAGUUGGCAGACAGAGCAUAUGGCCUAAGUCCUGUAAAAGAACUAGGAUCAAAAUGUCCGCUAGAAAGGAAACCUCCAAGCACUACCACUGUAUCAUUAACUAUUAUCCUGCUCAAGAUCUGAAAAGCAUGAAGACUGUAGCUCUCGUCAUUUGUCUUGCGGGAUCAGCUUUGGCUAUUCCAACCUAUCCCUUAAUAUACAAGCCUGGAAUCCAUGGACAAAAAACUGCAGAAAAGGCUCAAGAUAUUCAUUCUGAGGUCUCAAAGGAAGAGAACAUAGAGUAUGUAAACAAGGGUCAUCUGCUGUCAAGUCACAGAAACAAAAAUAAAGAGGUAGCACUAACAGACACUGAGCACAGCGAUGAGCCCAGGCCUGCUAAAACACAGAGAAGAAGUGGUAGCGAGCAUGAAGCAAAAAAUAGCCUGAAGAGCGUUAAUUUCCUUUCGCUGAGCAUUAAACCAGGUUUGGCUGCUUCUGCCAAGCCAGACAGUGACUCUGGAAGCAGCAGCAGAGAACAGCUCAGCUCUGAAUAUUACCAGUUCAGAAGACAUGAGAAUCACAACAACGAACAAGUUGUGGAUGAUGAAGAGAAUCCAGUGGAUGCGCUCAGUGAGCAUAACACAUGGAAAUAUAAUAAAAAUACAGUUGGCCUAUCUGAAAACAACAGUGAAGGUGAUGAAGAGGAAAAGGUGGAAGAGGAAGAAGAGGAAUGGGGUGAAGAAAUUGACCACAGAGAUAUGAAGCACAAAAUCCAUCUGACAAAUCAAGACAAUCAAUACAAAAGACAGCAAAAUGAAGACAGUAGGCAAUCUGAUGAAAUCAUGAGAGAUUCCAUUCAGCCACUCCGGAUAACCAAGAGGCAUGGUGAGAAAUUUGAUCGAGAGGAGAAAGAGAAGGACAAGACCUAUGAGAGGGGAAAGCCCUAUGAAGGGGAAAAAAUCUCUCUCUCUCAAAAAAGCAGUAACCAAGAUCAGGAUGACAAACAGCAAAGCCAAGAAGGCAAAGACAGUUCUCACGUAAACAAUCAGAGUGGUCAUGAAACAGUGGUGGAAAGACAGUAUAAGGAGGACAGUAAUGUUGAUGAUGACGAUCAUGAUAGCGGUGAUGCUGAUGGUGAGGAAGAUGUCAGUAAUGUCUGGAAAGAAACAACCUACGAGGAAGGUGAAAGAAUCCAGGAUAACAAUCCGGGAAGCAUCAGCACUGAGCAGGAUGGGGAAGGAACCGAUGAAGAUGACAGUGCAGUUAGUAGAGAUAACAGUGAUUACCAAGAUGCCAAAAUUAAAGAUUUUGUUCACUUUGAGGAAGAUUACCACCAUCAUGAGCCACCUAAUUCUGACAGCAAGGAACAAAUGGAAACAAGCAGCUCUCCUCAGAGUGUGAAUUCAAUGGAACCUGAAGAUAAGGUUAAAACUACAGGCAGACCAUACAACGAGGGGGAAAGCGCAAGCAACAGCAAUGGGAAGGCUUUACUGGAUCCUUGUAGGAACUUCCACUGCAAAAGAGGAAAAGUCUGCUAUGCAGACAAACAAGAGAAACCCCGCUGUAUUUGCCAAGACCCUGCUGCUUGCCCUUCAACUAAAGAUUAUGAGCAUGUUUGUGGCACUGAUAAUAAGACUUAUGAUGGCACAUGCCAACUGUUUGGCACAAAAUGCCAACUUGAAGGGACAAAAAUGGGACGCCAGCUGCACCUGGACUAUAUGGGAUCCUGCAAAUACAUCCCUGACUGUACCGAUUACGAAGUGGAUCAGUUCCCUCUCCGGAUGAGAGACUGGCUCAAAAACGUCCUUAUGCAAUAUUAUGAACAUGAUCUGGAUACUUCUGGAUUUCUAACUGAAAAGCAAAGGAGUAAAGUCAAAAAAAUCUACCAGAAUGAAAAACGUCUCAUGGCUGGUGACCACCCAGUUGAGCUUCUCCUGCAUGACUUUGAGAAAAACUAUCAGAUGUACGUGUAUCCUGUGCACUGGCAGUUUUACCGGCUUGAUCAGCACCCUGCCGACAGAUUAUUAACUCACUCGGAGCUGGCUCCUUUGAGAGCUUCUCUCGUUCCCAUGGAACACUGCAUAACCCGUUUUUUCCAAGAGUGUGAUGGAGACAAAGACAAACUCAUCUCUUUGAAGGAGUGGUGCCACUGCUUUGGGAUCAAGAAAGAGGACAUAGACCAAAACCUCCUGUUCUGAGCCUGGCUGAACAGAAGCCCAGUGCUGAGCUAGUACUGGGUGAAUAUCCAAAUCCAGUUUGUUUCUUUUAUUAUUAGCAGCUUAAUAGUUCUGAGAAGAAACUAUGAAUAAGAAAGUUUGCAUAAGGUUUUCAUAGGCUGACAGAGUUAUUGUCAAUUAACACCAAUGCACUCUACAUUUGUUAAGAGCAGAAGAAUUUAAGAACUCCAAGCAGUGCAUCUAAACAGUAUUUUCUUCUUCAGCAGCCCAUAAUCUCCCUGAACCAAGAAACAGUACUGUUUCACAACAUUCUUCAGUAAAUUCAUGGGAUCUAGAUUGUACCAUACAUUGAAGAAAAUGGCCUCGAAACAGAAUACAUUUCUUUUGUUAUUUACUCUAUUGUCAGUUCCUUAGCAUUCUAAAUAGAUGCAUAAAAGAAAAAAAAUAUAACUAGAUAAGUGGAUUUUGACUUUUGUUUAAAGAAUAGGUAUCAAGGCAAAGUUCAAUGGAAAUUAUAUUUUAAACUGAUGAGAGGAAAAACUACAGCAUGAAAAACCAUGAAAAAUAGUGUUUUUCAAAUAAAAAAAAAUCUCUGCUUCUGGAAAGAGCAGUAAUAGUAACAACACCACACAGCAGAAUUCCUGUUUAUUUAGAAACUGUGUAACCAACUAUUUAUAGGAGCAGCACUCUGUGUGUGGGGGGGGUGGGGUGGGAAGAAUGUGUGUGUGUAAAGACAAUUUUCAACAGGUCCAUUGUUACAGGAUUUAGAGGAUGUCACAGUUCGAGCACAUUCUCCUGACUCUGAUUUGCCAGAACAGACUUUCCUUCUCCCCACAGAAGCACCAGUUACUGCUACCAUCUUCCUUAAGAAACAGUAACUUCCUUUCACCAUUUCCCACCUUUUGCUUACCUGAAGACAGGCACAAUUUAUAAAUGAAAAAAGGACAGUGCAAGUAUAUACGUGAAUGCCACUAACUUUGUUACGUAAAGCCAAGCACUAUACUCAAAACACUCCACAUGUGCUAUGUUGUAAGAAGGGGUCCUGACUGCUAUUCCUGCAAAGGAAGAUCAGAAAACACUUUUCACUUGAACUAUGCCACCUUUCCAAAGAAAACUAACUAUGACUCCGAAAUCCACUUGCCUCCUGCUUAAUUUGCUCUUGAAUCAGUAGGACUCACAAUCAUAAUGCUACUCCAAUGGGGUGAGGGGGAAAUAAAGAAUACAUCUAUGAAUGUUUUGAAUAAGGGAACUCUUCAUAAACGAAUUAUUUUCACACCAAAACCAACUUCACUGUAAAUUGCUGCUGUGAGUCUCGUCACAAACUUCACAUUCUGUAACAUCACACAGCAGUUUAUAUAAUUCAAACUGGUUUACAUGCACGAGAGCAUAUUCUCUGUACUAAUUGCACAUAAAAAGACCCUUUCUGUGAGACUCAGCCUGAAAUCUCUUAGGGAGGAAGUAACUCAGACUUCAUUUUUUUGUCUGAUCACAGCCUAUUGCUUAUUUACCCUUUCUAUAGCCACGAGUCAGCCAGCUAAAAGCAAUCACUAAUAGUUCAUCGGGCCUUUUAUGAAAAAGGCUACACAAAAGGGACUGAUCUGUUCUUCACAGAGAACAAAUCCUACCAUUAUUCCACUCCAGCCAAGCUCUAGAAAAAAGUACAGCAAAAUGGAAUUUUAUCAGCACAAACAGGGAACAUUUUCCUUUCAGCAAGACAAGUUUUGCAGCGAAAACAACUGCCAUCACCAAGACUAUUGCAGCCCAGGAGAUUUGAAGCACCUGGUGUAUGAAACAUCAAGUCAACAUGCCACCUCUUUUUAAGUUCUCAGUUACGUGGCCACUUCCACAUUUCUUCUGUGAGAACAGAGGAGGAGCGUUUGCUGAUGUAAACAUUGAUAGAUACUGUGAUCAGCAAUGUGCUACAUCAGAAAUUUUCAGCUGAGCUGUUACACUGUGCAAAAAAGUUUCACUUUUCAAUAACUUUUAAAUUCUAAAUAGAAUAAGAAUUCAAAGUGAAAAUUAGUUUAACCUAUCAAUAUUUUAGAUAUUGUUACAACUUCAGUUAAGUUAUAUUUUAGUACUUAUAAAUGCUUAAUGGCUUUAAUACUAUUGUAGUAGGUGUAAGUCAAAGAUGUUUAUCACUUAUGACCUUCUG